AUGGAAGCACUGCGACGAGAACAACAAAGGGACGCAAUGUCAAGUCAGAGCCAACAGACAGUGCAAAUCGCAACCGUGAAAUCCAAUAGAACGACAGAGUAUCUUGGUGCGGCCUUAAUGUUGCUAGCAAUGAUGCUCGUGCGAUGUGAUGCCGCUCAAGCUAUCACAUGCUCGGAGGGGACUGUCACAAUACAUCCUAGAGAGACCCCUUUUGAAAUAUGUUUCAAUAACAACUGCAAAACUUUCACAAACCGCACAGCGAUUUUGCAGUACGAGCUGGAACCAUCUCCACAUACUGCAAAGACUCUAGUAACAUUGACGUCCGAAAAUCAGAUUGCUCAGCGCAGGUGCGAAACUCCUUCCCUAUGCAAGCAUGCAUCAAAGUUCCUCUCGAAGGCUCUUAUUGGCAACCCAAAUUGCUGGCCAGAGGGAGCCAUAAUUUCGUUGUCGAUAAUUUGUUACUGCGUCGCUUCACUGACAGCGUUACUAAUCUGGCUUGCGGCAACAUCCGCACCAAGGGAAAGAGAUAAAGCGCCAUUCUCGUUGUCGAACUUCCGACCUGCAGCACUCAACCUCACCGAAACGGUACUUGUGAUGCGCCUCUGCUUGGAACUUCGCCAUGGAAAUGUAACCAUAGGUCAUAUAAAGGUAACGCGGAUCUCUGAACAUCUUGCGUGCAAGAAGGUCUCGUUGUUCUGGAUACGAGACACUCGCCAGCAAGUUGAUCAUAAUGUUCGAUGCCGAGGAUUGGGGUCAUGCCACGACGAUGUGUGCGAGUCUCUAACGCCUAGCGAUAUGAUUCCCGAACUCAACUCCUCUGCCCUAUAUCCCGGGUAUUCCGGUUGUUCAAUACAAUGCAGCGGCGUCAACUGUAUUUGCCCAAUACCAUUCAGGGCUUGUACCUUCUACCGCGUUUCACACAUACCAUUGUCAUCCCAGAUCUACGAAGUGUUCAGAUGCGCAGCAUGGGAACCGGACCUCAUUUUCGAGAUAGAGGUAGAAGUCUAUAACAGCAGGAAGCGCGAACGCCUUUCGCUCAUUCCGUAUGUGGCGAAAAACUUCGCGGAUUUCAAGUUCACUGUGAUAUCUACCCAAAUGCCACAAACGCUACCACAUCAGAAAUUUGCUCAAUCCGGCAAUGAGACACUACUGAUACCUGAUGAAUUCCUUUUUUCUGUGACGUGUGAUACCCAGGCAAACGCCCAGUAUAAUUUCUCAUCAUGCGAUAACAAGCUUUACUGCGCAUGCGAUGUCACCGGAAUCAAACCAAGCUGCCGCUGUCCGCACUUUCCGCUGACACAAAUACGAGAAAAUCACAACAGUGUGCUGCCGCACAACAGUAAUCUCAUGAAAGCACAGAAACACAACGCUAGAGAGAUCCCAGAAGUAGGGGAAAUUGUAUUAAUAGAGCACGAACUCCUUCCGCGAGGUCACUGGACAUGUGGCAGAGUCGUUGAGCUCGUUCCCAGUGCUGACGGUUUAAUCAGAUCCGCAAAGCUCAAACUACCGCAUUGGAAAGCUCCCUUGACACGUCCUAUCACAAAACUCUACCCUUUGGAAAUAAGAGCUCCACCAGUAGAGAGAAACAGCGAAAACGGACAUGUCUCGAGCGGGACAGAAACUACCAAUUCAGAAAGAGCAACCAUAAAAAUGACUACGCAACGAAGAGUCCAGCAGCCUCGCACAGCGAAAACAAAAGCGAUGGAAGCACUGCGACGAGAACAACAAAGGGACGCAAUGUCAAGUCAGAGCCAACAGACAGUGCAAAUCGCAACCGUGAAAUCCAAUAGAACGACAGAGUAUCUUGGCGCGGCCUUAAUGUUGCUAGCAAUGAUGCUCGUGCGAUGUGAUGCCGCUCAAGCUAUCACAUGCUCGGAGGGGACUGUCACAAUACAUCCUAGAGAGACCCCUUUUGAAAUAUGUUUCAAUAACAACUGCAAAACUUUCACAAACCGCACAGCGAUUUUGCAGUACGAGCUGGAACCAUCUCCACAUACUGCCAAGACUCUAGUAACAUUGACGUCCGAAAAUCAGAUUGCUCAGCGCAGGUGCGAAACUCCUUCCCUAUGCAAGCAUGCAUCAAAGUUCCUCUCGAAGGCUCUUAUUGGCAACCCAAAUUGCUGGCCAGAGGGAGCCAUAAUUUCGUUGUCGAUAAUUUGUUACUGCGUCGCUUCACUGACAGCGUUACUAAUCUGGCUUGCGGUACGAAAACGUAGAAAGCAAAAAGCAGGCACUUCUAAUACUCUUACCGUAGAACUACAGGCAACAUCCGCACCAAGGGAAAGAGAUAAAGCGCCAUUCUCGUUGUCAAACUUCCGACCUGCAGCACUCAACCUCACCGAAGUGGUACUUGUGCUCGUCAGACGCGAUCUUUUCAUCGCAUUCAGGUCGAACUGCGGUGCGCAUGGCGGCUUGAGUAAAGCAUCAGGCUCAUGGAAAUGUAACCAAGGAUAUAAUGGUAAGCGCGGAUCUCUGAAUCACUUGGGCUCCCAGAAGGUCUCGGUUUCUGAUACGAGACAGGUCGCCAGCAAAGUUUGA